GACAGAUCUAAAUUUAAAUUCCUCUGCAAAGUACUUUAAGUUCUAUCGGUUUGGGUGUUAUAAAUACAACAAGGAGAGGUUAUCCACCUGAAGAAGGAGCUCAUAUAGCAUUGAGAACUGUGCGAAGAUACCUGGAAAGAAAUAUCGAUGCAUUUGAUAUUGUUGUGUUUGUUGUUGAACCUAUUGACGAGAGCACGUAUAAAAGACUGAUGCCGCUGUAUUUUCCACGAGAUAAAAAAGAAGAACAGUACGCUGUAGAGUAUUUACCUACUGAUAUAGGCAACGAGGAAGGAGAACCUUUUUUACCAGAAAGACAAAUUCGAAUUAUGGAUAAACCCUUAAAAGCUCAUAAUGGUAUCGACUUAUUAAACUCGUUUGUUGGACGACAUCCGUUCUCUGCAGUAGCGGCUGACCAUGACACAGGAAGGCGAGCACGGUUAGAGGGAAGGACACAGGAAGAGAUGGAUAUUUUAGAACAACAACGAAAAUAUUCCCAAUGGGUUAAAAGGUCACGUACGGAAGAUUUUACUGAUAUCGCAAAAAUGGGCUUUCUAUAUAAUCCAGGUGUUGAUCGGCAAGGCAGACCGAUUGUUGUGUUUAUCGGAAGAUAUUUUCCAGCACAUGCUAUCGAUCUAAAUAAAGCGGUUUCAUACUUUAUUCACUUCAUGGACUCAAUCGCUAGCAGGGAAUACGUUUUUAUAUACUUUCACACACUCACUACAGAAGAUCACCAUUUGGAUUUAGGAUUUCUUAAAGAUUUCUACGAAUUACUCGACACAAAAUUUCGACGCAACAUGCAUGCACUGUAUAUCGUGCAUGGAACAAUAUGGCAACGUAUAGUAGCGUGGUUCUUCUUAAUGAUCAAUGCUGCGUCAAUUAAAGAGAAAGUACAGUUCGUAAAUGGCGUCCAAUUUUUAUAUGACACAAUAAAUCCUGAUCAACUGGAACUACCGCCUUUCAUAAUGGAGCAUGAUGUUCAGGAGAAUGGACCACAAUAUCACACUUCGACCACCGCGGUUGCAUCGUGAAGUACUUCGCAUCGAGUAGAGGAUGAUUACGUUAUUUAAGCGCAUAUUGUGUCACCAAUGCUCCAAAAAUUGAAAUAUGUUAACAAAAAAACUUGUACAAUUCGACUCGUACCAAAGUAUCCGCUCAAUCCUUAAAAAAAUUAAAUCGGGCUUUGGUUUUGGGUUUUUAUGUGUAAGGGAAAAUCGUUUUUUAUAUUUGUAUUUCGUGUCUUUGUUUGUUUUUGUACAUUAAAUAUCACUUCCUAAUAAAUUCUAUCUAAAA